ACACCCGAAAAAACGAAUACUUCGAUCUUGACCGUUCCGUAUCUCGACAACCACCCAAUCUCGCCGCCCCCGGGACCUUCAAAAUGAAGUUCAUGAAAGUGGGCCGUGUGGCCAUCAUCACCCGUGGCCGCUACGCCGGUAAGAAGGUCGUCAUUGUCCAGCCUAACGAUGCUGGCUCCAAGUCGCACCCCUUCUCCUACGCCAUUGUCGCCGGUAUCGAGCGCUACCCCCUCAAGGUUACCCGUGGUAUGGGCAAGAAGCUCGUCGACCGCCGCAGCCGCAUCAAGCCUUUCAUCAAGGUCGUCAACUACAACCACUUGAUGCCCACCCGUUACACUCUCGAGCUUGAGGGUCUCAAGGGUACCGUCACCAACGACACCUUCAAGGAGGUCUCCCAGCGCGAGGACGCCAAGAAGACCAUCAAGAAGGCUCUUGAGGACCGUUACACCAGCGGAAAGAACCGUUGGUUCUUCACUGCCCUGCGUUUCUAAACGGUUUACUUGGGCGUUUUGUCGUUUUGAGCGCACGGGUCUAGGUGAAGGCGAGGUCGAAAAACCAUCGAGCACAUUCGGUCCCUGCGAACAUGGGAUGGGAAAACAUAUACCAUGGCUGGAAACAGAUUCGGGGAUGUGUCGAUGAACUCCAGUUUUUAACGGGGACGCCACUUCCAUACCUGGUGUCCGUCUGAAUGAAAUGGAAAAUGAACAAUUAUUUCAAAAUCAAUGUUGUCU